AUGUUACGAUUCAAUCGAUUGAUUAAAAGUGGAUCAUUACAAUCAAUAAAGAUGACAUUGACACCAUCAUCAUCAUCAAUGUCAUCAACACUAUCAUCAUAUAAUAACAAACAACAUUAUAGUUAUAGUUAUAGUACAUCAACAACACCUACAAAUGAUCCAAAGGGACACAAAAAGACUAGAGAUCAAAUGGUAGAAGAAAGAAAUCAAGCUAUGGAUAUUGUGGGUAACAAGACGAUUGACGAUGUUGAAAAGGAGUUGGGUCAAAGCGAAAAGAAGCUGCACGAUACAAAGGGUCAACGUCAAAGAUUAGAGGAAAAGAAAGCAAAGACUAAAAAGGAUAUACUUACAGUACUGGGAUUGGCAGCUUUGGCAUCAUUGGUUUUCAUUCGUGACUAUAUCAAGAGAAAAGAUCAAAAGAAACAAUUUGAUGAGGAAUGGGAGAACCUAAGAGUACUCAUCAACGAAAGAGAUGCCCUAACAUUGAAAAAGAAAGAGAUCAUUGCUCUCAUUACAUCACAUCUCUUGAAACAAAAUCCAUCACUCUCUGCUGAAGAGUUGAACCAAUCUGUAGAUAACACCAUAACUAAAAUUUUAACAAAUCAAGAAGAUAUUAAAUCCAUAAAUCAAUCUAUAUCAAACGAAAAUAAUAAUAACAAUAAUAAUAAUAGUAAUAAUAAUAAUUCACAAUCAUCUACAAAUGAAAAGAGAGUAUAUUCUGGUAGAAUUUAA